AUGCCUGAGCCCACCAAAGAGACAGCAAAAGAGGCACCCAACCAAUCUACCAAGCCCAAAACCAUCAACUCCAGCGAACAGAAGCCUUCUUAUGACUACGUGGAGACUCGAAAAGACAAAGUCGAUUUCACAAAAGGAGGAGUCGACAACUACAAGUUUUACCCAGAUAACCCAAAUAGCCACCACCAUAAGUAUAAUUGGGUCAACAAAGAGCCCUCUAAGUUCUAUGACCCAUGUGAACAAAGCAGACAGGCGUCAAUUAACUGUGUGUUGAGAAAUCAGGACGACCGUUCUGUUUGUCAGGCAUUUUUUGAUGCAUACACUGAAUGUCGGAGAGAUUUUUUCAAAAAGAAGAAGGAAGAUAGACAGAAGGGGAAAGGUGGAUGGGGAUUUUGGGAUUGA